ACACGAAUUGAUACAACUGGCUGGAUUGUAAAAUGUCGUCUGAAGCACAGCCAAGGGUUCUCCUCUUUGGCGCUGGCAGUGUCGGCGCGAUUUAUCUCUAUUUGCUAAGCAAAGUAGCUUCUACCACCACAGUCUGCCGCUCCAAUUACGAUGUUGUUAAGAAAGAUGGGUUUAUAAUCAACUCGUCAAUCUUCGGGCAAGGUAUACGCUUCAAGCCAGACGUCACCCACGACUGCAUCGAGGCAGCAGAAAAAGCCACACAACCAUACGACUACAUGAUUGUCUGCAGCAAAGCCAUACCAGACACGAUACCAAAGUUGAUAGCACCUGCCGUAACUCCUGGACACACAGCCAUUGUGUUGAUACAAAAUGGUGUUGGCAUCGAAGACGAAUACGCCCAAGCCUUCCCCAACAACCCCAUUAUCAGCACCGUAGUAUACCUCCCCACCACCCAACGACCAGCCGGCGUCAUCAAGCACGGCGAAGUCGAAAAGCUGCAAGUAGGACCCUACCCCUCUUCCGCCUCAGCUACGCACGCAAAAGCCUUUACAGCCCUUGUCACAUCCGCCGGCGGCACCGCAGAAUUCCACUCCGACGUCCAAACAAAGCGCUGGUUCAAGCUCUUCGUCAACGCCUCCUGGAACCCAAUCUGCGCCCUCACACUCAGCAAAGACGCAGAAGUCCUAACUGCCUCGGAGGAAGCCGCUGCUGUUCUUCUGGACGUCAUGCUGGAGAUUCGCGAUGUUGCUGCUGCCCAUGGUCACGAGUUUACGCGCGAAGAGGUGGUAAUGCAGCUUGGAAGGGCGCAGGACAGGGUUCCGAAGAAUGCGGGUAUUGAGCCGAGUAUGUUGCAGGAUGUGCAGCAGGGAAGGAGGAUAGAGGUGGAGGCCAUUGUGGGGAAUCCGAUGAGGAUGGGGAAGGCUAAGGGGGUUAAAUGCGUGAGGUUAGAGAUGCUGUAUGUUUUGGCGAAGGCACUAGAUUUGCACAUUGGAAGGACUUGAUGUG